CGCUGCUGGAGACGAGAGUCCUGCGCGUAGUGCGCGUGCGCCAAUUCCGCGCCAAACUCGGGCGCCAGUCUCGAGUGAAACCGAGCGAAGGUGGUGGGACGGAGUGUGAAGUCGAUACGAAAUCAAGAUGGCAUCUAAUGGGAAAGGUGACAGUGCACAUUUUGCACUGGAUGAUCCACUCAAGAAGGUGGACCCCCAGCUGUAUGAAAUUAUUCUGAAGGAGAAGAGCCGGCAGCGCCACGGCCUCGAGAUGAUAGCCUCGGAGAACUUCACCUCUGCGGCGGUACUGCAGAGCCUGGGCAGCUGCCUGCACAACAAGUACUCGGAGGGCCUGCCGGGGGCCAGGUACUACGGCGGCAACGAGCACAUCGAUGAGGUGGAGCGGCUGUGCCAGCAGCGCGCGCUGGACGCGUUCGGCCUGUCGUCGGAGCGCUGGGGCGUCAACGUGCAGCCAUACUCUGGCUCACCGGCCAACUUCGCCGUGUACACGGCCGUGGUGGAGCCGCACGGCCGCAUCAUGGGGCUGGACCUGCCCGACGGCGGCCACCUCACGCACGGCUUCUUCACGCAGACCAAGAAGGUGUCGGCCACGUCCAUCUUCUUCGAGUCGAUGCCGUAUAAGCUGAACCCUGAGACGGCGGAGAUCGACUACGACAAGCUGCAGGAGACGGCGCGUCUCUUCAAGCCGCGCCUCAUCAUCGCAGGCGUCUCCUGCUACCCGCGUGACCUGGACUACGCCCGCUUCCGCCGAAUCGCGGACGACGUGGGCGCCCUGCUGAUGGCCGACAUGGCGCACGUGUCGGGCCUGGUGGCGGCCGGCGUGGCGCCGUCGCCUUUCGAGCUCUGCGACAUCGUCACCAGCACCACGCACAAGACGCUGAGGGGCGCGCGCGCCGGCCUCAUCUUCUUCCGUCGAGGGGUGCGUUCGGUGGACCGGACUGGGAAGGAGGUGCCGUACGACCUGGAGGACCGCAUCAACCAAGCCGUGUUCCCCGGCCUGCAGGGGGGUCCUCACAACCACGCCAUCGCCGGCGUGGCCUGCGCCCUGCUGCAGGCGCAGACGCCCGAGUUCAAGCUGUACCAGACGCAGGUGGUGGCCAACGCGCGCCGCCUGGCGGCCGGCCUGAAGGCCCGCGGCUACACGCUGGUCACCGGCGGCACCGACAACCACAUCGUGUGGCUGGACCUGCGCGGCACGGGCCUCACCGGCGCCAAGGGCGAGCUCCUCCUGGAGGCGGCCGCCAUCGCCUGCAACAAGAACACCGUGCCGGGUGACAAGUCUGCGCUGAAUCCGAGCGGCCUUCGUCUGGGCACGCCGGCCCUCACCACGCGCGGCCUCACCGAGGAACACUUCGACACGGUGGUGGACUUCAUCGACAAGGCGCUCCAGCUGGCCAAGCAGGUGGUGGCCGUCUCCGGCGUCAAGAUGGUCGACUUCCGCCGCGUGCUGGCCGGCGAGCAGUUCGCUGAACCGGCCGCCAAACUGCGCGGCGAGGUCGAAGCGUUCGCCGGCCAGUUCCCGCUGCCAGGCCUGGGCGAGCUCUAGAGCCAUCUGUCGGCGGCGUGCGGUACUGCAAGUGCCUGCGCCGUCCGUUCGCCAUGCGUGCGGCGGCGGUGAUUCGAUUCGGCGCUCUUGGAAAGAGGGAUCGACGACACGUUGGUGGUGAUGGUUAGGGAGCACUUUGAUUUGUUGGGAGGUACAUCGUCAGUGUUUCCAGGCUGCUGGGGUAAUCAGAUGGUGCCAGGGACAGCAAAACCGUGCAAUUCCUCUGUUUAACAGGGCAGUGUCAGGCUUGUCAGACUUAGGGAUCGCUAAGGCAGUCAUGUGAGAAGACAUGACCGCCAUUGUCCCCAGCAGGGCUGACUGACAAUCACAAAUUCAGACCAAAUGACAGGUUCCAGACCUGUGCUUUGGUUACUUACGAAACCAACUAUGGCAGCCACUCCUUGCCAAUGUACUGUGCCAUUGAUGUCUAACAAUACUCUGAAGCCGUUCGUGGCGCGGCGUCUUUCAUUUGGUCCGACAUCUCGCUCUCGUCGCGCAUCUCCCAGACGCGGCGCUGUUCGGAUGCCUUGUCUUCCAUCGGCCGCUGUGAUAUCCCGAUCCGUGUGAUUCUCCAGCGCGACGUCAUUGCUGUAGCGCGCCGAACGGUGACGUCAUUACUGUGGCGCGUUGAGCGGUGACGUCAUUAGUGUAGCGCCGGACAGCGACGUCACUGUGGCACGCCGGGCGUUGACGUCAUUACUGUAGUGCGUCGAGUGGUGGCAUCAUCACUAGCUCGUCGAGCGGUGACACUGCUGUCCCGAUGCUGCUGGGACCAGUCAUGGACGCCCGCUGUCGCUCCGUCGGUGACACCGGCAGCGGCGCGUCGCCUUACAGGUGGCUGUUCAGAAGCAAAUACAGGUUCUGUUCGGACUGGA